AUGGCAGCAUUCCCUCCCGGCGGUACUUUCUUCGACACCUUGAAGCGUAGCUUCACCGACGUCCCUGUCGAGUCUGGCAAGAUUGCCACUACCCAAUUCCUCGAGGCUUGCGAGAGCUUGACCACUCUCUUCGGUAUGUCUGUCCAAGGCCUGGUGUAUUCGUCUUCUAAUCAGGCCNNAGAUGUCCUCGGUUCAACCGCCUUCAAGCCUGUCAAGUCGGACAUGACCGGCAACAUCAAGGUACUUUUCAUGCCCAUGACUAGUGCCUUCAGCUGCUCAUCUGUCACANNGAAAAUCCGUGACCGUCAACUCGCCGCUCCCGUCGACUCGGAAACCCUCCAAGACCUCGUCCGUAACGAGCUCGCAACCAAGAAGCACACCGCAACAGAAGGUCUUGUCUGGUUGAACCGUGCCCUCGACUUCACCGCCCAGGCUCUCCGCCAGAACCUGACAAACAGCGGCGAGGAGGUCAGCGUCUCGUUCCGUGCCGCCUACGGCAACACCCUCAGCAAGCACCACAGCUUCAUGAUCAAGCCCAUCUUCAGCGCUGCCAUGAGCGCAACCCCCUACCGCAAGGACUUCUACGCCAAGCUUGGUGACGAUCAGGCUCGCGUUGAGAAAGAGCUUGGUACUUGGUUGAGCAGCCUCGAGAACAUUGUUAAGAUCUUGAACGACUUCCUGGCCUCCAAGGAAGCCAAGUGGUAA